UUUGCUGCAACCGAAAGAAGACGGGCACAAGGCAUGGCAUGAGCUUCGGGAGACAGGGCUGGAGAGAGACCUGUGGAAGAUGUCGAACCCGAGAAACGGCGACACCAAGCCCCCAUGUUUGCCCCGCAAUGGACUGGUGAAGAUCCCCACACAACCCAACGGCCUCGGCUCCGCCAGCAUCACCAAAGGCACCCCUGCCGUGAAAAACCGCCUGUGCCAGCCUUCCUCCGUGCCUGCCAUCCUCAGCCCGGCCUUAGCCCACCGCAGUGACCUGCCCAUCCCCAGCCUGGCCUCCCCGCUCUCCUUGGCCACUCUGGCCAGCGUCUCCUCCCCUCCUGGCGCUUCCUUGGUGGGACUGAACACGAGCGAAGGCUCGGAGCAGCCCUCUCCGGAGCGGCUGCCAGGCUCGCCCUCGGAAAGGCAGCUGGCGGUGGACGAGAAGAUCCUCAACCGCUUGUUCUGGUACUUUUCGGCGUGCGAGAAGUGCGUGCUGGCACAGGUGUGCAAGGCAUGGCGGCGGGUGCUCUACCAGCCCAAGUUCUGGGUGGGCUUGACGCCCGUCCUGCACACCAAAGAGCUCUACAACAUCCUGCCCGGUGGAGAGAAGGAGUUCGUCAGCCUGCAGGGCUUCGCCGUCCGCGGCUUCGACGGCUUCUGCCUCGUGGGUGUCUCUGACCUGGACAUUUGUGAGUUCAUUGACAACUACCCCCUCUCCAAGAAGGGGGUCAAGUCCAUGAGCCUUAAGAGGUCGACCAUCACAGAUGCGGGGUUGGAGGUGAUGCUGGAGCAGAUGCAGGGCGUGGUGCGGCUGGAGCUGUCAGGCUGCAACGACUUCACAGAGGCCGGGCUGUGGUCCAGCCUCAACGCCCGCAUCACGGCGCUGAGCGUCAGUGACUGCAUCAACGUGGCCGACGAUGCCAUCGCCGCCAUCUCGCAGCUCCUGCCCAACCUCACCGAGCUCAACCUGCAAGCCUACCACGUGACGGACACGGCGCUCGCCUACUUCACCGCCAAGCAGGGCUACACCACCCACACCCUGCGCCUCAACUCCUGCUGGGAGAUCACCAACCAUGGCGUGGUCAACAUGGUCCACAGCCUGCCCAACCUGAGCGUCCUCAGCCUCUCGGGCUGCUCCAAGGUGACCGAUGACGGUGUGGAGCUGGUGGCCGAGAACCUGCGGAAGCUGCGCAGCCUCGACCUGUCCUGGUGCCCCCGCAUCACCGACAUGGCCCUGGAGUACAUCGCCUGCGACCUGCACAAGCUGGAGGAGCUGGUGCUUGACAGGUGCGUGCGGAUCACCGACACCGGCCUCAGCUACCUGUCCACCAUGUCAUCCCUGCGGAGCCUCUACCUGCGCUGGUGCUGCCAGGUGCAGGAUUUUGGCCUGAAGCACCUCCUGGGCAUGGGCAGCCUGCGCCUCCUCUCGCUGGCUGGCUGUCCCUUGCUGACCACCACGGGGCUGUCGGGGCUGGUGCAGCUGCAGGAGCUGGAGGAGCUGGAACUCACCAACUGCCCCGGGGCCACCCCGGAGCUCUUCAAGUACUUCUCCCAGCACCUGCCGUGCUGCAUGGUGAUCGAGUAG